AUGAGUCUACUCACGGUCGUAAGAUUGCACUGGCAUAAGGAUUAUUUGUUUCAGAAACGCCUGGCCUUACAGCUGCCAAUCGACUCCUUCCGCUUCGACUUUCGAGGAAACCACGAGACGCCAGGGCCGUGGCGACUAGGCAACUUUAAUGACGAUGUGCUCGACAUACAUGUUGUCGUGGAAUACCUCACGAAGGAACUUGGCUAUGUUGUCGACUUACUUGUCGGACACUCCCGCGGGAGUGUAACGGGCAUGAUGUGGCUCUGCCAGUACCCAGCACAGAGCGCAACUGUGAGAGGUUACGCGAAUGUCAGCGGGCGGUAUAGACUGUAUCCUUACAGAGUUGACCCCACACCGCAGAAAUUAUACGAUCAAAUGCGCAAACCCGAGAAUUGGAAACAGAUAGAAGCCAAAGGAUAUUAUGAGCUGACGGCAACAGUCGCCCGGAAACCUUUUUAUGCUAGAGUGACCGUGCAAGACCACGAUCAAUUCGCGAGUGGCGACUCAUCGAUCGUCUGGGAGAAGUUUCCUCAGUCUAUAGACGUACUGACUAUGCAUGGACUGAAGGACACGGUUGUGCCUCCAUCGGCCUUGCUAAGCUACGACGCAUUCAUAUAUGCCCAAGCAUUAGGUGCAAGGUCACCGGGCACACACAACUUGUGCUACGUCGAAGAUGCUGACCACAACUUCACUGGCGUUCGUCUACAAGUUAAACACUUGGGAAUUGUCUUGAUAUCCCUUCCUGUGCAGAUAGCUGACCAGGUCGUCGCUACGGUUCUCGAAUGGUACGCGAUGCUCGAGCACAAGGAACUGAAGACCGGGAUUUGGCACACUGGGGUCAAGCCGAAGUUAUGA